AUGACUGCGAGCACAUCUGGAGAACAACCUGCUUCAAUUGCCCCGGUGGAGAGGCUCUAUCCUCAGAGCCCCCAUCCCGGGUCGGAGCUGCGGCGGGUCUCUUGGAACAAAUUGGAACACUGUCGGAAGCCCCUAGAAGCUUUUGAGAGCAGCUCACCUCCAACACCAACUCCAGUUCAAACUUCACCAACCUUCUUCAGACCGGACCCUCCUCGCAGAAUCUGGAAUUUAAACGUCGAAAUUUUAAACCCUGUAAAACAAGAAACGCCUAAAAAUGUCCGAAGUACAAACCUACACGGACAAAAACGGGGCCCAGAUCACCGUCUGCCAACCCCACCAGUUGGAGUAUUGUAUGCGCUGUCAGAUGGACUUCACGGAAAUGAAUGAGGAAGCUAGAGCCGAAGCCGCGAUCGCUGCCGGACAAGAACCGGAUGAUGGGUUCUUCUAACCGGGACUCGGGUAGCUUUCGUCGCGUGCGGAUCAUCUGUCACACGUCGGUCGCUUGCUCCAAUCGUCGAUCUGGCGCAGGGGAAUGAAUUAGAAGUCCGAAAAAAUAUCUGCCUCAGAUGAUCAGAUUUGUUAUUUUAUCCAGACCGUAUUGCCCCCAAGUUUUCAUCUCUGCUCUCACCAACCAUUCUUCUUCACACAAAACUUCCAGCUGUAGUAUUUGAAUGUGUAAUUUCUUUUUCCCCUCUGGAUCUGGAGGCCCGAAGAAAGAAAUCGGUCUGAGAUCCUAAAUCCAAACAAUUAGCAACUGGUGUUGCCUAGCUGUGAUCCACG